ACUUUAAAGGUUUCAAACUCUAGAAAUGGUUUUAGCUUCAGUUGUUAUUAUUGUUGUUUUCUGACAAACAGUCUAAUUCAGCAUUAAUUAGGCUUAAAACGUGUCUCAUUCCUAUUUUCAGUUGUAAAACUGAAGUAAUUAGGGCGGUCGGGGAGCCCCAGGUGUGCGUUUCUUCAGUAACGGCUGCGGUGCGAAGACGAGCUCAAACGGACGAUUCGUUCACGGGUCGCGCACUAAAGACAGCGGCCACCGUCAGCGCUGCUGGAGUCCGACACCAAGCGGUGAGCGGCCUGUCAGCCAGCCCUGUGCAGCUCUCUUUUGUUAUGGAUGCCUGUGCCCGUAUUAGAGGAGUCCCAUUAAGGUCCAGGGCCUCAGUCCGGAAAGAGACUGUGCGUGACAGUGGGGCACAGAGUGUGAAGAACCUCUUCAGGAAUAAAAAGGAGCUUUGCAGUGUUGGCCCAGAGCUGCCAACCAGAGACACCACAAGACUGACAGAGAUUCAUUUUGUGUGUCUGCCUGGCCAGUGUGAAGGGGAAGAUGUCACCCAACAGGCUCUAACAUCUCUACCAGGGGGCCUGUGUGAACUUCUCAGGUCGCUCCACGUUCAGAGUCUUAAAAAUGAUGAGGUUCUGCUGCUCAAGGACUCCCGCAGGCUGGCAGAGCACAAAGACGCUGGGCCUCAGUGUUGGUUAAAGGCUGUGUGUGUGCUGAGGCAUAGCCCCAGCACUGGCGUCUACCCUCAGGCCAGUGUAGCGUCUUUGCUGGGCUUGUUGGGAUGCUACAUGGCAGGUGUCCGCUAUGCUCUGGAGCUUCAGGCUCUUCAGAGGGGCACAGCUGAGCCCAGUCAGCCAGAGGAAGAUGACACCAACCAGUCGGUCUCAUCGAUCGAGGAUGACUUUGUCACAGCCCUGGAGCAUCUGGAGGAGGAUGACACAGGAGACAAUCCCUCUGCAGCUUCCUAUCGUCAUUUUAAGAAGCGUGAUGUGGCAUCACAGACAGUCCCAGCCCACAAGAGAAGAAAAGAAUUAUCAGGCUCCCGCGUUAUCAUCAGCUCAUCUUCGAAGAAGUAUUUGGCCAAACAUAGGUCAGGUCCAGAUGUAUCCGUCACGGUGCAGAGAUCAUCAGGUGUGGAAUCCCAGUGGACUUACUGCAGUCCUGGAGCUCGUCUCCCUUCACCUAUGAUUCAUGUCAGUGAAUCAGAGGAGUCAGACUGCUCUAGCCCCAGUCCAAUCAUUUUCCUGGACGAGGUGGGCUACCAGAAGAGCCUGCUGGCCAAGCUGGAUAUCCCCCAGGUGCCAGGAGGACCUAGAGAGCGAGUUGAAGACUCAGACUCUGAAGUCAGUGAAUUCUUUGACAGUUUUGACCAGUUUGAUGACCUGGAGGACCUGAGCUCAGAGAGCUGCACUCUUGCCCUGCCUCUGGACACCAUCAGUGCCCCAUCCGCUCAGAAGAAGUCAGCUGAGUCGAGCACCGGUGGGUUGGCAUCCAAAUAUGUUUCUAGGGGCUGCUCAACCAAGGGAAUGAAUCCUCACCGCUUUGACCAGCCCACUCUCCCAGCCAAUGUGAAAAAACCCACUCCUCUGAAACCAGGCUCUCCUUACUCACUUCACUCUGAGGUGCCUGACUCCCCUCGACCGGUGCAGACCCCAUCUGAGGAGAAUGGUGGCCCACUAUUCAGUCCUGUCAGCUCCUCGGCCUUCAGCCCUCUGGUGGACUCUAGUGGGCCGCUUGAAUACUUUUGGAAGACACAUGAGGAUGGACAGGACAGCUCAGAGCUACGUAAACCCCAGGAUCUCUGCUCUCUGUAUAAGACCUACUCAGACUUUGCCAGCAGUCUGUCCAAAGAAAUUCUGGGAUCUGUUUGUGGCAAUCAGUCUGCUGUGGACAUCAGUGACAACAAGAAUCUUAGCUGCGUCUGCCACAAGGAAUUUAAGAACCCUUCGGGUUACUUGAUGAAGCUCUCAGAAAUACAAGAGACUGUAACAGUGGACAAGCUGCAGAAGAAGCCUCAGUCUCUGAAGGAUGGCAUUCAGAGGUUUGCCACCGACCUGGUGGAAAUGAGCCUGGGCAGUGCCUUGCGAGACCUCCAGAAAGGUGUGUCCUCCUGUACCACAACCUUGUGUCACUUAGCUGCACGGCUCACUUCGUCAGUGUUUCAGAUGGCCUUCCAUGAGAUUGGUAUGCGCCAUGCCUAUGUGUUGAAGGAACGAGCAGUCAAUGGAUUAGCUGGCUUCCUGGUCGGAGAGGCUGUGUCUGGGGCGCUGAAAGAGUUCCUGACGGUGAAAAAGCAGAUUUUCCACAGCACAGUGACACGUUUUGCCGCUGACCUGGCUGAAGAACUUGUGUUUGAAGGCAUUAUGGAAGUGUGUCAGUUCUCCCACCCCUCAACCCCUCUUACACCAAGUGACUGGUCCUUUGGCCACAGGCAAGAAGAAGAGGAAGAGGAGGAGGUGGUUUCCUCCUAUGCCUCAGACUUGUCAGAGUCCGUAAUCCAGGAGGCCUUCAUAGAGCUCUCUCAGGCUGAUGUUGCCUUCACUAGCCAAGCAGCUAUUAGUGUGUCUUUAGACAACAUCUGUUAUGUUAGUGCAGAGAACACUAGCACUCACACCUGCAGUACCUUUGCUAACCAGCAGGUUGUAAGUGCCAGCUCAGCUGCAGAGGUUCCAGGGCCCUCAGGAGAGGAUGCUACCUGUACGGUGAAGAAAGCCCUGUUCACCGUAUCAGGCAUGGCCAGCUGUAUUCCUGUGCCCCAGGCAGGCCAAGCCCUCUCCCACCUCCAGGAUUCUGAAGAGGCCUGUCAGUAUAAGUCUAGUUCAUCAGAUACCCCACAGUCCAGCCCCAAAAGAAUAACUGUGUCUUCCUCUGACACCGCCACAUCCACACAAACUCACCUUUACAGUCAUGGAACUCAGACCCCCAUACCUGAAGGAGGACCCACCCAAGGAAAGUCCCCAUUCCAAAACUUCUCGGGCAACAUGGUGGAUAUGAUAGUAACUGAGGCUUGUGAGCUAAUAACUGCUUCCAAGAUGAAGAAGAGUUUUGGUGACUGUGCUGAUUUCUUUACGAAGACAAUUGGAAGCCGAAGAGGCUCUUCUUCCAAGCAGGAGACGCUAAAUUUUGAGGCUCCUGAUUCCCCGUCGAAGCAAGGAGCCGGCAGCGAAUGUUUCAGAUAUGGCUGCAGAGAUUCUGGGUAUGUUAGGAUGGGUGUCUCUGUUGAGCAAGCAACAGACCUUAGCACUCCUCACAUGUCCUUUCAGACAGGCUCUGAAAGCCAGAGGAGAUCCAGCUGUGAGUUAGAUCCUAGGACCAGUGGUCUGGUUGAAACACAGUCUGUAAUCAUGCACACUCUGGACGUGCCGGGUACCAACAUGGGUGGACAAAGGAGGGUAUCUGUCCCUGUGGAUGCCUCAACUCCAACCUCUGGCCAAAAAUCGGAUGGGACUCCUGGCACUCCUCCUUCUACCCCCCAUCAGCCCAGUGAAGUGUCCAAGGAGAAGCAGAUAAAACAGUUCUCCAAGAAGCUGAAAAGCAAACUGGCCAAGGAAUUUUCCCCUGCUACGCCCCCUCCCACCCCUCACUAUCAGCCGGAGCCUGGCCCAGGGCCCAAAGACAUCACCCCUGAGGCAGACAAAGCAGAGUUCAUGCUCAAACUGAUGAGGUCUCUCUCUGAGGAGGCAGAUGGCAAUGAGGAUGACGAGGAGGAAGAACCCGCAGAAGAGGGUGGUGUUGGUGGCACCAACCGUUGUUCAGAGACAGGGGGUGGGCGGCAUGAACCGAACCGGAUGUCUGCUCGCCGAAUGUCCAACAAAGAAGCUCUCCACUAUGCUGAGAGGUUGGCUUGUCACAUUGUCUCCAUGGCAACAGAGAUGGACACACUGGGAGCGGCAGAAGAGGAGGGAGAGAUGAGCAAGGGCAGCGAGAGGAGGAGAGACAGUGUGGCUCAGUUCUCAGAGCAGACGCUGAACACCUUGUGGGUGUAUGCUGGGGAGGUGGCAGGAGAGGUGAUCAACGAUGUGAAGAGGAUGGUGAGCUCUGGACAGCAGUGUCCAUAUCACAGAGAUCUCAGACGAAGAAGCUUGGACCGAUCUAGCUCUGAAUGUUUACAUCACCACCUCCACCACCAGUCUCAACCCAGUACAGACCAGAACAGAGACUGGAGGGUAGGCAGGCUGGCUGAGCAGUGGAGCAGUGACCUGAUAGCUUCUGUCUUUCGGUCUCCUGCCUCCACUUCGAGUACCGUGUCCAGCUCCAGCUCUGGCCUGUCCUCGGAGUAUCCCAGCUGUGAGAGUGUGACAGAUGAAUAUGCUGGCUACCUCAUCAGGGUACUGAAAAAGGAGGGCGGUAGCAGGGAGUUGGUCCUAGACCAGUAUGCGAGCCGUUUGGCCUAUCGCUCCAUAAAAUUAGGCUUGGCUCAUGCCAGUCGCAAGAUCAAGCAGAGAUCCUCCAGCACCCGCCUUCACUCCUCCAAGUCACUGCCAGAUGAGUGGAAAGCUUCUGGUAUUGAGGUCUCACCACUCAAGGACAGAGCAGAAUCGGUGGUCUGUCCCUCAGGCGAGGAUGCUCAGUGCUGUUGCAGGGACUCUGAAGAGCAGAGUCAGAGGGAGUACAUGGAUCUGGUCAACUUUGCAGAGUCUUUAGCUUAUAACAUCACUUGUGAUGUCACACGCAAGCUGCACCUGUCCUCUGCACGGCUGCCUAAGUCUCUCACUGACUCUUGUCUUUAUAAGAAAUCCAAACUUGAAGACAUGGCAGAGAAUCUCAUCAGGAACUCCUUCUCCUGCCCCCUGUUGUCCAAGGAGGGUAAGAGCAGGCAUUACCACAGUACAGGAAGCCUGUAUGAUGGAGGCUACAGCAGUAGAGUGAUGCAGGUCAUCGAGCAUUAUGCCAGCAAGAUAGUGGAUGACACUUUGAAGAUGAGCCUGGCUUCAGUUGGUCAUUCAUCCCGGGAGCAUCAGAGGACCCAAGGCCAUGACAGACACUCUCACACCCAGAGGUUGUCUGAGGGGCCAGCAGAGGGCCAAGCUCUGGGGGAGAGGACGUGCCGUUAUUGUCAGAUCCAGGAGUGCCCAUACUGCACCAAGCACAACAGGCGCCACCAGCCUGUAUUACAGAGGAGGAAAAGGGGGCCAGAAUGUCAGGCAAGGUCUGAGCGGCUCUCUAGCCUGGACAUUCCUGAAAUCCACAUUGACCUGGACCACAGGGCAGCAUUUGCAGAGGAGAUGGUGUCCAUGGCAAUGGAGACAGCUAAACGUGAGCUUAGCAACACCAGCCUUAAUGCCGACAGUGGCAUCGGUCAUGAUGGAACCAGCUACGCUGAGAGCCUGACUGCUGAGAUCAUGACGUCAGCCCUGUCCAACAUCUGCCAGGCUGCCAGCAUCAGCUCUCCAGGGAGAGAAGCCACAGAGUCCACUGUGUCCCAGCAGCUGAGUGUAGGAGAUGACAGUCUGGGCAGCUGGUCCAACCUGAGCUUUGAGGAUGAGCACCCAGACGACAACAGCAGCUUCCUCCACCUCAGUGACAGCAGCAAUGGGAACAGCAGUAGCUGGAGCAGUCUGGGCCUGGAGGGGGAGGCGUGUGAGGAGCGCAUGUCAUUCUCCCCCUCUGACAGUGACAAUACAGAGGACAAGGAGACUGAGGUCAAAGAGGAAUCCAGUGGGACUCUCUGUGUGGACAGGACUCAGAUGCAGGCUCCCAGGACUUCACUGGUCAUAGUGGACUCGGAUGUCAGGGAGCUUGGGCGUGGCCCUCAGCAAGUGGCCCUCGACCCCCAGCUCAGGAGCAUGCUGCAGUGGGUGGCAGCCUCCGUGGCCGACAUUCCCCAGAUCCAGCUGAGUCCUGACAGAGAGCUGCAGCAGCUCCCAGCGGUGGUCCAAAGGCUUCGGGAGAGGAAGUGGAGGGUGGGAGAGCUGCUGCACACGCUGCUGCGCUACUGUGAAGAGAGUCAGAUGCACAGCCAGUCCCAGGCCAGAGAGGAGGCACUCCAGGCGGGCAGAGAGCCGCACCGCAUCCCCCUGUUCCAAUGGCUCCUGGAGCACACCUAGGGGCCUCUCCUCUCUCCUCUCUCCUCUCUCCUCUCUCCUCUCCUCUCCUCUUCUUUCCUUAGUUCCAGACAGGGCUUUGCAAACUUCACAGCCCCUAGAGGGCACCAUACAAAUCAGCUGAUCCAACUAAUUUUCACGAAUGUGGGCGGCGUGUGUUUUGCAUUGCAUGCUGUGACCAAGAGUACUUUUAUUUUUCUUUCCACCUUCUGUUUUGUUGUUGCAGUUUCAUUAUUUAUCAGGCUGCAUCUAUCAUGUGUUGAUUUAGUGAGCUGUCUCUCCCGCCCGCCUACACCUCUAAUUCAAAGCCCUCACACCUUGCUACCAUGUUGUGUGCUUGAGCUACAGAAAGAAAAGGAGAGAGAGAGAGGGAGAGAGAGAGAGAGAGGGAGAGAGGGAGAGAGGGAGAGAGAGACCCACCGCAUCUGUUCCAGACAAAAAUGCAGCGAGUUGAGAGAAGGAGGAGAAUGUGUUUUUUGUUAGGGAAUCCCCAUAGCUGCUGGGCCGAUGAUGUCAACACACCCACAGCUCACCUCUGUGGUGGUGUUUCCACAUGUUAAGAGACCAACUGUGCGUGCGCACACACACUCACACACACACACACUACAGCACACCACACCCUGGUGUUAUCAGGAGGAAUCCAAGAUCCACUGACACUCAUCAACAUCAGACCAUUAUUCCCCUGUAGUAUUCCAUUGUUGUAUUAAUCUGCUCAGAGCUGCUGUGGAGCCCUGAAUGAGUUGAAUGCAUCUGUAAUGACUCCUCACAUGUGACCUGUGAACAUUAGAGGUCCUCACGGGUCCGCUCGCUUCUGAAUUCGGCCUCAGCCAGGUCCAAAUUCUGCUCAGUAUAAUCGGGCCGGGCAAGGUGUUUUACUGCCACAGGUCCUGGGUCUGUGUGUCAGUAUGUCCAGUGUAUACCCAAGUGUACGCAGUAUCAGAAUAUUUGUGUUGGUUUUCCUUGGGUCUGCUCUGGUCUGGUCUGGCUGUGCUCAGGCACCCCCCCCCCCCCCCCCCACAGACCAGGUCUUUAUUAUCUGAGAAUGAAUUUAUGCACAGCGGGUUUGGGCAAGUUUUCAGCAGGUUUUUCAUUUUGGAUCAGGUCCAACAUUUAGGACCCCAGACACUAUUAGCUGUGAAACCCGUCUGUAGUUUAGUAACUUGUACCUCGCUGUGGUCAGCAGAGUGAUAAAAAGCGCUUGAUGAAGUUGCCUCUUGCCGGUAUCGGUAUGUGUGUUGUAUUUAAAACUUUAAAACUCUUUGCUUAGCAACAAUCUCCUUGGUUGUCAAACUUAGUAAAAUGCUUAGAGUGGAUGAUGUUUACCAGGGCGGUUCGGUAAUUAAAAAAAAAAAAAAAAGUCUAUUUUUGAAGGUAGAGUAUCUAAUCAAACAUGAAAUGCUGCUCAAAGCUAUGAAAGAAGCCAUGAUGUUGGCUCUGUGUUGCCAAAUGUAGCUUGUAACGUGACCCUUCUCCCUCCAGUCGGGAGUAAACGUGUGAUUCUCCGGGUCUGUGUCAGUGGCCCACGUCCAGUUUGGGGGAAGAUCCAGUGACGCAGAUACUGGAUCUUUUGGUAAUUAAAGACACCGGUCUGCACCUCCAAAACCACCAACUAAAAGCAUGUUCAUAGCUCAGCCCUGGACUCACACACUGUGUCACCCACGCCCCACAGUCACCUUGUGGAAUGAAGGACUCUGAAUACCACAGCUCCCAGACAACACUACCCCCCCGACACACACGCUUGUUACUCACCAGCGCCCAUGUGUACGUCCACAUGCACAGCACUAACAGCUACUUGCUGCGAUGCACUUUGGGUUUUUUUUGUUUUGUUUUGUUUUUUUGGAUUUGGCCGAGGAGAGACUGGGCAUUUCCAGUCCUGCCCUCAGACCUCUCCAGACCGGGCCUCCUUUGUGAAUUCAGUCCCAGCGGUCAGUUACAUGCACAGUGACCAGAACCCCCCCCCCCCCAAAAGAAGAAAGAUUAUUAGGUAUCAUUUUGAUGUUUGUAUUUAUUGUUUUGCUUUUGUUUGGUUUGUGUUACUUUAAUGAGGGACCUGAGAAUGACGUGAUGCUGUGAGGUCCUCCAGUUUAUAUCAGGUCUUUCCUUCUUUGGUUUGAAACACUGUAAAAUACCACAGCCUCGCAUCUAUUAUUAUAAACUAAGUGUUUUUGGUGGUGUUCACCCGCAUGGCUGAAUCUUCGUUGACAUUUAAAGCUCAGCAUUAUUCUUCUUAAUGUAUUGGCCUACACUAAUCGAGCUGCAGUGAUUCGUCUGUGUCCACACUGCUUAACAGUAUGCUAUAGGCCUCUGCAGAUGCCUUGUCUUUUACUGCUUAAUCUCUAGGCUGCCAAAUGGUCAUAUAAUCUUAAAGGUGUUCGUCCUGUAUAAUUUGUUUACACGCAAAAGUGAAUUAAUCACAAAAUCCACUAAACCCAAGUCGCACCUACUAUUAAAAUGAUAGUAGAAAAGACGACCUAGUGAAGUAUUAACCUGAGAAGUGAGAGAGUGCAGAUGUGUUGGUUUACAUUAAAGGAAUGUAUUAAGAGUCAUGGACUUUACACAUGAAGAGAGCUCAUCACAGUGUACAGAUUCUCUCCCUGUGUGAAUGUUUAGUUGUAGGACUUUCCCAGGUUUUUUCCAGUACCCAGCCCCCCAACGCCCUCUCUACUAUUUUCUUUCUUUAUCUACUUUACAUUCCUGUGCAUCCCAGAUGACAUACAGCGCUAUAUUGUUGUGUUUGUGAAAGCGGAAUGUGUACCUGCAAAGACUCGGCUCCAUUUAGAAGCAGAUAAUGUAAAUCCAGUGUUACUUUCUGCCUCUCUCUGACCACACACAGCAAAACAUUAAAAAAAAAAAAAAAAAAAGAGAGAGAGAGAUGUACCUCACCUCCACUCAUGUCUGUAUUUUUCCUGCUUCCUU